AUGGCAAAGUAUACCCCGGAUUGGAUCCACAACAAGGGCCUGAGGUCCUUGUACUUUGUGCUGCCGAUUGUCAUUCUUAGUAGCUCGUACCAGGGCUUCGAUGGGAUGAUCAUGAAUGGUUUGCAGCUGCUUCCUGGCUGGCAAGAACAAUUCGGGCACCCUCGCGGCCCCGUCCUCGGUCUCCUAAACUCGAUCCAAACCGUCGGCGCCGUCGUGGCCCUCCCCUUCAUCGGCCCCGUCCUCGACCGCUUCGGCCGCCGCAAGGCCAUCGCCUUUGGCGCCUCUUGGACACUCCUCGGCGCAGCCCUGCAGGGGAGCGCGCACCAGAUCCCUCAGUUCGUCAUCUCACGCUUCCUCAUCGGUUUCGGGCUCGCGUUCCCCGUCGUCGCUUCGCCGCUCCUCCUCGCGGAAUUGGCUUUCCCGAAGCAUCGUGGUACGGUCCUCUCGUAUUUCCCGACGGCCUGGUAUACAGGCUCGAUCAUCGCCGCGUGGACGACGUUUGGCACCCGGCAUAUCAACAACUCCUGGUCGUGGCGAGUGCCCAGUCUUCUCCAGGCGGCGCCCGCACUGAUUCAGAUCUUCCUCAUUGCUUUCGUUCCCGAGAGUCCCAGGUGGCUGAUCUCGCACGGUCGGGGCGCAGAGGCAAAGGAGUUUCUAAUCAAGUAUCACGCGAAUGGCGACGCAACGAGCCCCGUUGUCGAUCUGGAAUACACUCAGAUCAAGGAGGCCAUUCUGCAGGAUCAGGAGUAUAAGAAGAAAGGGCACUGGAAGGAUCUUUUCAAGACUGCUGCGAACCGAAGGCGGAUUAUCAUCACCACAUUUUGUGGGUUGUUUCUUGAGAUUUCCGGCAAUGGGCUGGUCCAGUACUAUCUUCAUUCUGUCCUGCUGAGUAUCGGCAUCACCAGUGUCGCGACUCAGACGACGAUCAACGGAUGCCUAGCUAUCUACAACUUUGUCAUUGCGGUCGGCGCAUCGUUCUUUGUUGAGAAGAUUGGACGGCGGAAGCUCUUCAUCAUCUCGACAGCGGGAAUGUUCUUCGCCUUCAUCCUGUGGACUACAUUUGCAGCGUUGUAUAGUACACGUGGCGGAACAAACUGGGCAAUCGGUGUGCUGGUCGCCAUCUUCCUAUCGAACGGCGCAUAUGAUAUCGGCUGGACGCCUCUCUGGGGAUACCCAGCCGAACUGCUUCCAUUCGAGAUUCGUGCACGUGGAGUCGCAUACAUGACCGGAGUGAUGCACAUCAGCGGCUUCUUUUCCACCUUCGUCAAUCCCGUUGGUCUCGAGAAUAUCGGAUGGCGGUACUAUAUCGUAUACAUUGUGUACACCGGGCUGGAGUUGCUCGCUGUCUGGUAUUUCUUCGUCGAAACGCGCGGAUACACCCUCGAGGAAAUCUGGACCAUCUUCGACACUCCGGGCCUGACCUGGAAACAACGCCGCAAUUUGAAAGCCCCGGGCACCCUGCAAGGCCCGAUCGUCGAGGCUGAGGCUACAGUGCAAAAGGCCACACCUGUUGUUGCAGUAUCUGAAAAGUCGGAGCGGUCCACGAUUGACAAUUAG